GUCGGGAGACUUCACAGAAAUGCCCAUGUACCACUUGUUCAAAUAUUGUAGCAUGAAUGUCAAUUUAUAAGACUCUUACGACAUUUGCCCUUUAAAAGGAAGCUUCCAGUAACAAGCUGGUGAGUUUGCUGUUUCCUCCUGGUGUUUAAUGGGGGACUCAAGUAGUGCAGUGAUCUGUCUCCAUCGCAUCCAUCAUGCUGCUAUCAUUUCAGUGGUUUUUGCUGGUCCAUUUGUUAUAUCUGAUGAGCAUCAGAGAUGUGGAGGCUCAAUUUCCACGUCCCUGUACAACACCAGAGGCUCUGCAGACCCGGAUGUGUUGUCCCCUCUGGAAUGGGUCUCCUUGUGGCUUUAGCUCAGGGCGAGGAGUCUGUGCACCACACCCUGCAAGAGACCUCCCAAAACCAGUGGACUACAGGGUUAACUGGCCUCGUGCUUUCUAUGAUUCAGUGUGUACGUGCUGGGGGAACUACGAUGGAUUUGACUGUGGUCACUGCCUCCCAGGUUGGAGAGGACCCUGGUGUCUGCAACGUCACCACGUGGAGAGGAAAGAAAUAACAGAUCUGACUGAUUCUGAGAGGGAGACCUUCCUCAAAAGCCUGCACCAGGCAAAACAGAGCCCCAGCAACCGUUACAUGAUUCUUACAAGCAACGACACAACAGUGGACAGGAACUAUGCAUUUCACAACACAAGUGUCUAUGAUCUGUAUGUAUGGAUGCACUACUAUUCAGCUAAGAGCUACGCUGGUUCUGAAGAUAAUGCUGCACACCGGGGCCCUGCUUUUUUCUUCUGGCACAGAUUGUUCUUACUCUUUAUUGAGAGGGAAAUCAGGGAACUAACAAGAAACCAAGAUUUCUACAUCCCAUAUUGGGACUGGACCAGAACCAACCACUGCAACAUCUGCACCAACCAGUACUUUGGGGGAGUUGGCCAAGAUGGUCAUAUAGACAGUGUUUCCCUUUUCUCAAAGUGGAAGACCAUAUGUCCAUUUCAGGAAAGUCUUAGUAUAAUCUGCAUCAACCCUGAUGCCUCUGAUCCUCCACAUCUGAUCCGCAAUCCCGGAAAGGAUCCAAACUUCAAAACACUGCCAACAGCUGGUGAUGUUGAAGCCUCAAUGGCAGCAACGCUUUUUGACACACCUCCAUUUGACAGAAGAUCUAGGAACAGCUUCAGGAACAAGCUAGAAGGUUUUGAGAUUCCUGAUGAUUCCCGACACCUGAAUGCCUCUAUGCACAACCUAGUCCACAGAUACCUCAAUGGCACAAUGUCUCUGGUCCCUACUGCAGCCAAUGACCCCAUAUUCUUGCUACACCACAGCUUCAUUGACAAGCUUCUUGAAAGGUGGUUGCAGAACCACAGUGGAGCGACCUACCCUGACAGCUACCAGGUCCAUCCAGCCCAGAGAGCGCAAGCCUACAUGGCCCCCUUCUUCCCUCUGCGCACCAACAACUACUACUGGGGCAGGGACAUCAAGAGCCUGGGUUACGGCUACAACAAACACAGCCUCCCUCGCUCUGGAGCCGGUCACAGCGUAGCAAGACAGGCUGAAGAGUUUCUAGAGGAAUCUUCAGCCAGUGGAGUCCCGUGGCAGUGGCCUGUUCUGGGUGUCUUUGGUAUUGUAUUGCUCUGCGUCAGUGUUGGGGCUGCUAUUAAAUGCAAAGACAAAAUAUGGCAAAAACAGGACAUAGUGAAAGAGGAGGAACAGUCAGAGUUUGAUUACAGGUCCAACCCUCUGUAUGUAGUUUGGAGUAACAAGAGGAAUGGAAGCAUUGACAAAUCCUCAUCUUCAGCUGAUGUUGCCUCUUGUGGGGCUCAUCCUCACAUCGCAGCACUCGGGUCUGCUUCAGAGGGCAGAAGAGACGGCGUGGAGUCACCUGUAAAUGUGGAAAUACACCUUUAGAUCAAAAGGGAUGGAGAGUUAGCCAGUUUCCGAGCACAGGUGAAUCAAAGCCAAUCAGUGAAAGCUAUUUUAUAACACCACAGCAUCAGAUUUAGAUGGACUCGGUGUUAUAUUAUCUAGUGUUGCAACUAAGACUUAAUUCACUAUUAGUACAUCUAUUGAUUUUUUAAAAACAAUUAUUUAGUCAAUUGUUAAAAUAUUACACCCAGUUGUCAGUUUAUUAGGUACACCUAGGUGAAAUUAAUGCAGUCUAAUACAACAGUCAUGCAAUAAAUCCUACCUACAUGAAAAUCAUGUUCAGUUUUUGCUCACACUGUUUAGACAGAUGCUGAUUCAACUGCAUGAUAAUUUUGACGGAUGUGGUUUGUGUUACCGUUGACUUGUACUACAUUAGACUGAGUAUUCUACUCAGUGCUCAGUGCACCUUGAUUUUUCCAGUUGAUACUGAAAUUUACAUAGUAUAAUGUCUGAGUGUAAAUGGAAAUUAAAGCAUAGAACAAGUAAAAAAUAAAUACUAAAGGUUUUUUUUUAAAAAGGAAUCAAGGUAAUCUGAAAAUCCUUGAUUUAAUCUACAUUUUUGACUCAUUCAGCAACCAAACACACUAGCAAAUGUGCUUAUCUUCCAUCAUGUGAAACCAUCAUAAGGUGUUUCUCUAAUAUUUUGGAUCAUUAUCUUACAGAAUGAACCCAACAAACCAGCUUGUCCUCCUGUGUUACUUGCGUUUUUCUCACCGUUCUGAUAGCAGCAUCCGAUACUACUUCCUGAAGCACAGUCUUGCAGAGAGUAUUGUAUUGUAGAGUUGUAAGUAAUCAGCAAAGGUUGGGGCACCUGUAGGAAUAGUUUGCAUUAACUUACAAGGCUUCGUUUACUUCCAUUGCUGCAGGAAAGCUGUAAAUGAAUGUUUUCUAUUAAGUUUAUAUGAUUUUUCAGUUUUUGGUGAACUAAAGUUGUUUUUUUUUUCCUCCCGUGGGCAGUUUGACCAGUAAGUUUACAAAAACGCCAACUAAAAAGUUUAAAAGCACAAACAGAGUCAAAAGGAAUAUGUGGGAAAAAACUUUAUGGCGCAUGAUAAAAUAUAAAAGUUUAUUAUAACAGCAGAGUCUGUACAUUGGAUAAGUUAAUUGUAUCUUUCUGCUGAUAAACAGCUGGUUUCCAUGGGAAAUAUCAAAAUUCCACUAGACAUUUUCACAAGAAAAAAAAAAAAAAAAAAAAAAA